CUCUCUCUCUAUAUUUAUUUUCUCUCUCAUCACAACUUUGUGUUAGUGUGUGUGUGUGUUUUUCUCUCCAUGAAAGAGAGAUCAAGAAACUCCAUGCCACAAGUCUUGUUCCACUACUUCCUAACCCUAAUUCUCAUGGCCCUCCUCACCUUCUUACCGGAAUCUUCUUCGUCUUCUCACCACGACGCCAAAAAGAAUGUCCGAACAAGUAACAAUACUUCGAACCGCAAGAAAAAGAAGGAAAUUACCAAACAGCCCUCGUCUUGGGAUCAAAUCAAGAACCUCCUCACCUGCAAACAAAUCGAAGAUUCCAAAAUCCACGACCCUUCUAGAAGAUCAAGAUCAUCAUCAUCAAAUAAUAACACCAACAUUUAUACCUCGUGCAGCUCCAUUUGUACCUUCCGGGACGUCGUCCACGGCAACGCCCGCGUCGUCCACCGCGCCGACAACUCCCCCGAGAGCAGCGCUCUCGGCGGCCAGGAAACCAGGCUCCUCACCAAGAAGACCGCCGCCUCCCACGGCUCCUCCUCCUCUUCCAGGUCCAUUAACUCCACCUCCGCCAGAACCGCCGCCGCAGGCGGCGCACCGUACACGUGCGGCCGGGGCAUGCAGUUUAGGAAGCUCUCCGGGUGUUAUGAGUGCCACUCAAUUGUUGAUCCUAGCAGGUAUCCAUUGCCAAGAACAACCAUAUGUGCUUGCUCUGAAUGCGGAGAGGUUUUUCCCAAACUUGAGAGCUUAGAACAUCAUCGAGCAGUUAAGCAUGCAGUGUCCGAACUUGGACCGGAAGAUUCGAGCCGGAACAUAGUGGAAAUAAUAUUCAAAUCGAGCUGGCUUAAGAAGGACAACCCGAUCUGCAAGAUCGAACGGAUACUAAAAGUCCACAACACCCAGCGCACGAUCCAACGGUUCGAGGACUACAGGGACUCCGUGAAGAUACGCGCCAACACCACCACCACCAACUCCGCCGCCGCCAGGAGAUCAACCAACGCCAGGUGCGCCGCCGACGGGAACGAGCUCCUCCGCUUCCACUGCGCCGCCCUCACGUGCUCGCUCGGCGCCCGCGGCUCGUCCAGCCUGUGCGGCUCCGUGCCGGCGUGCGGCGUGUGCACCAUCAUCCGGCACGGGUUCCAGGGGAGCAGAACAAGCGGGAUCCGCACCACCGCCAGCAGCGGCCGCGCCCACGACGGGCUCGCCGGUCUCGGCGCGCGCCGCGCGAUGCUCGUGUGCCGCGUGAUCGCCGGGAAGGUGAAGGGGGCUGCGGCGGGGGAUGCGGCUGCGGCGGCUGAUGAGAUUGGAGCCGGCGGCUCGUACGACUCUGUAGCGGGUUAUGCGGGGGUGUACUCGGAUCUGGAGGAGUUGCACGUGUUUAGCUCGAGGGCUAUUUUGCCUUGCUUUGUUGUAAUUUACAAAGCGCUUGAAUAUUAGGUUAAUUAAUUAUGUUUUAUUUUGAUUUUUAAUAUUUUUAUCAUUAUUAAUUUUUUUUUCCUUCUUGUGGUAGAUUUAAUUGGUGUAAUUUAAUCAAGGAAUCAACCUAUUUGUAAAUAUUAUUUUUGGGAGUGCAUUGUAUUAAGAAAGUGUUUCUUACAAGAA